AUGCCGUGGUCUGGAAACGAUGAUAUGAUGGGCCUAACCAAGUUGGAGCUCAAGACGCUUCUCAUAGCAGUGGGACUCAAUGCACGUGAGAACAAGCUUACUUCUCAGUGUGACAUGGACACCCUCGCAUUGCUGAUUGAAAAGAACUCGGGGACGAUUGCUCGGCGUCAUUUGAGCGACGGUACUAGAAAGCUUAAGCACUAUGUUACUAAGCUUGAGGAGGAGCUAGAGGAGGAGUCUAAGUAG